CCCCAGAAAGUCAACUCCUCCCCAAUUCCACGCUGCCACCAACUCGCCGUCCUCCGCGCCAAGCACCAAAGCUCCGAUGGCCCGCACGAAGCAGACGGCGCGCAAGUCAACGGGCGGCAAGGCGCCCCGCAAGCAGCUGGCGACCAAGGCGGCGCGCAAGUCUGCGCCGGCCACCGGCGGCGUGAAGAAGCCCCACCGCUUCCGCCCCGGCACCGUCGCGCUCCGGGAGAUUCGUAAGUACCAGAAGAGCACGGAGCUGCUCAUCCGCAAGUUGCCCUUCCAGCGCCUCGUCCGUGAGAUCGCGCAGGACUUCAAGACCGAUCUCCGCUUCCAGUCCUCCGCCGUCUCUGCGCUGCAGGAGGCCGCCGAGGCCUACCUCGUGGGGCUCUUUGAGGACACUAACCUGUGCGCCAUCCACGCCAAGCGCGUCACCAUCAUGCCCAAGGACAUCCAGCUCGCGCGCCGCAUCAGGGGAGAGAGGGCCUGAGCGAGGCGAGCUCCUCUCACCGCAGGCGGCGUCGUUGUUGCUUCGGGCCUGCUUGUAGGACUUGUGCUUCUCUUGGUUUCCUUUCUGGUGGCAGUGGCAUCUUCGUACCAUUGUGCUUGUUCUUAGAAUCUUAGGGAUAGAGAGUUGUUCAGUUGCUGGGUAACCUGAUUGUUUAUCUUGCAUUCCUGCCUCUGUAAUGGUUGUCUGCUGUCUUAAUGGAAAUGAUAUUUGCUUUUUU